AUGGCCUCUCGCCUCCUUCUUUCGCUUGUCAUCGCUCUAUUGACGUUGCCCAUGCUCGGCAUCCAGCUGCAGGACACGCUCGUGAAUAUUCCCCCAGAGAUUGCAUACCGGAUGCAGGUCGCCGUGGAUGACUGUGUGGCACUCGCGACAUUCGUUUCGGUGACCUUUGACGAAUGCGACCCGGUGUACCUGCGAUUCUUCCCCCAUGACGAUGCCGCGUUUGUUCAACAAGUCUUUCGCCGAAUCGCCAACAUUCCACUAAGCGUGGUACUCGGCCCAAAUGACUUUGCCACCAUCAUGCAACACCGCGCUGCCAUCGGCUUAGAUCCGCGGCUGGUGGAUCUGGUCAUCACGUACGGCAACCACCCGCAGGGGCAGAUCCAAGACUGUGGGACCGACGAGGACCCUGAGGCGUUCUUCGCACUGUUGAAUUCAGGCCAACCCUCCGUCAGUAUCUGCCCGCAAGCUUUUGAGAGAUACCCGGACCUCAUGGAGAUAUUAGACCCACCCACUUGGGCAAGAGAUGCACAAGGACACCCGGACCCGGGCUUCGGAUGCGAUGGCCUGGGCGACCACGACUCGGAGCUCAUGUGGUGUGUGGGCGCGAUAUUGCUGCAUGAGAUCCUGCAUUACCCGGACCUCUUCAACGACAUCCCCCAGUUUGACAAGCUGAUCAAUUUCCGCGGACCGAGACGGUCGAUCGGUGACUUUUCAGGCCCCAGUCCCCCGAACGGCUACGGCCCGUAUUACUCUCGCGUCCUCCAGUUCCUCUCUGCUGUCCGGCCCAGUGACUACGGACCGCACGAAGCCAUCAACAAUGCAGACAGUUAUGCCACGUAUGCCUUGUCGGUUUGGUGGAGGUGGAGGUGUCAGAGACCUUUUCGGGAGUCGGUCACGUCGAUGGACGCUUGGCUUCGAGAUCCGCCUCCACGGCCUUUUCCACCACCACCACCACAACAGUAA